AUGGAAAAUGAAGCAAUACUUGUAGAAUUUGUUAAUGAAAAUGGUGAUACAUUAAAUUCUGAUCCAUUACUAUUACCUUUAUCCGCAACUAAUUUCCAGUUACAAACACUUGUAAAUCAAUUAUUAGAAAAUGAAGAUCCAGUUCCAAUUGAUUUUAAAACAGAAGAUGGUGUAAAUGUUUCAGAAUCUUUAAUAGAAUCAUUUGAAAAAGAUAAGAUAAAUACUGAAAAAGGAAUAAAACUUUUUUAUUAUCCUCAAGCUGUUUUUAAAGUAACUCCUGUCACAAGAUGUACAUCAACACUACCUGGGCAUGGUGAACCAGUUAUUUCUGUUCAAUUUUCACCUGAUGGAAGAAAUUUAGCAUCAGGAAGUGGAGAUAAAACAGUUAGAAUGUGGGAUGUUCUAACAGAAAUGCCAAAAUAUACUUUAACAACACAUAAACAUUGGGUUCUUUGUAUAUCAUGGUCACCAAAUGGAAAAAAAUUAGCAUCUGCUUGUAAAAAUGGUCAAAUAUGUAUUUGGAAUCCUGAUAAUGGUAAACAAAUUGGACCAGUACUUUCUGGGCAUAAACAAUGGAUUAAUUGUAUUUCAUGGCAACCAGCCCACAUGGAUCCUGAAUCAAGAUUACUUGCUAGUGCUGGAAAAGAUGGUACUGUAAGAAUAUGGGAUACAAUAUUAUUUCAAACAAUAAAAGUUUUAGCUGGACAUACAGCAUCAGUAACAUGUGUAAAAUGGGGAGGUGAAGGAUUAAUAUAUUCAGGUAGUCAAGAUAGGACAAUUAAAGUUUGGAGAUCUUCUGAUGGUAUUCUUUGUAAAACAUUAACGGGCCAUGCUCAUUGGGUUAAUACACUUGCUUUAAAUACUGACUAUGUUUUAAGAACAGGACCUUUUGAUUUAAAAAAUAAUUGUAUAGCAAUUGAUGAUAGCGAAAUACAAAGUUUAGCAUUAGCAAGAUAUAAUUCUGUUAAAGGUUCUGAUCACGAAAAACUUGUUAGUGGUUCAGAUGAUUUUACAUUAUUUUUAUGGGAACCUUAUGAUAAUAGAAAAAAUUUAGCAAGAAUGACAGGUCAUCAGCAAUUAAUAAAUCAAGUACUUUUUUCUCCAGAUUCUAGAUAUAUUGCUUCAGCUUCUUUUGAUAAGUCAAUAAAAAUAUGGGAUGGUAAAACUGGAAAAUACAUUACAAGUUUAAGAGGUCAUGUUCAAGCUGUUUUUCAAAUUAGUUGGUCUGCUGACUCAAGAUUAUUAGUUUCUGGUUCUGCUGAUUCAACCUUAAAAGUAUGGAAUAUGAAAACAAGAGGACUAAUGAUUGAUUUACCUGGUCAUGGUUCUGAUGUUUUUGCUGUUGACUGGAGCCCUGAUGGUGAGCGUGUUGCUUCUGGAGGAAAAGAUAAAGUUUUAAAGAUUUGGAGACAAUAG